AUGUCAAGGAGCUCUUCAGGUGAUCUAGUAGUUACUAGAUGCUGGGGUUUGUCAAUCGAUUUAUCCCCAAGAUCUUCACGAUCUUUGCUCAAUGGACGCCAUUUAGACCCACUUAAUCAGACCCAUAUCCGGAGAAAGAUUUUAUUAUUAUUAUUAUUUUUUUUUGAAUUUUUUGAAGUGCGAGUGAGGUUUUUGAUCAUGGCGGUGAUGGAAAAUGCCAGGGUAAACACGAUGAUCUCUUCGAAUCAACCCGACCGGAAUGCUGACGUUGCCGUGGAUCGUCAUAGUCUCAAUCAGCAGUCAACAAAGGCCGCUGUUAAUCAGAAGUCAACGAAACUGAACGAUCAGAAUUACAACGUGAUGCAGCAGAAAAUUUCUUCUCCGCAAUCCAACGGCCAUCACCAGCGGCAGCAGAGUAUCAACGGCAAUCGAGCCCCCGAAGUUUACCCUAACAGUACUAACGAGGGUGAAGAGAAUAUAAAUGACGGGGAUGAUGAUGGACACGAGGGAUUUAAGAGGGAGAUGAGGGAUUUAGAGGAAAUGCUGUCUAAAUUGAACCCAAUGGCCAAGGAAUUUGUUCCACCUUCGCUUACUGUCAAAUCCAAUGGCGGUCGCAACCGCAGGCUGGUGGUGUCACCGCCACAUGCUGCUAGUGCGGCCGCUGGGAUCUUUGGGUAUAACGCUAACGGGUUUCUAAUGCAGCAGCAUCUCAACUCUGGAGCUCCUAUUGGCAACUCUAUAAGAAAGAAGAAAAAUGGCUAUAGUCAUGGGGAGCCGAGGAUGAAUGGCCGAACAAGCUUGGCACAGAGAGAAGAAGUGAUUAGGAGGACAGUGUAUGUAUCUGACAUUGAUCAUCAGGUUACUGAAGAGCAACUUGCAGCAAUUUUCGUUAGUUGCGGACAGGUUGUGGAUUGUCGCAUUUGUGGUGACCCUAAUUCUGUGCUCCGUUUUGCCUUCAUUGAAUUCACGGACGAGGAAGGAGCACAAAAUGCUUUGAGUUUGGGGGGGAUUAUGCUUGGAUAUUAUCCAUUAAAAGUUCUGCCUUCCAAAACAGCAAUUGCACCUGUUAAUCCAACAUUCUUGCCUAGGUCUGAGGAUGAAAGGGAGAUGUGCGCAAGAACCAUUUAUUGUACAAACAUUGAUAAAAAGGUUACACAAGCUGACAUCAAACUCUUCUUUGAAUCCUUCUGCGGAGAGGUUCACCGCUUGAGGUUGCUCGGUGACUACAAUCAUUCAACACGGAUUGCUUUCGUGGAGUUUGUAAUGGCUGAGAGUGCAAUUGCAGCUUUGAACUGCAGCGGUGCUGUCCUAGGUUCACUUCCGAUAAGGGUAAGCCCAUCCAAGACCCCUGUUCGACCCCGUGCACCUCGCCAGUCCAUUCACUAA